AGGAAAUGAUUCAGCGACACCUGCUAACAACUAAAACAACGCCACUCCAAAACAACUAGCGCUUGCCUUCCACUCAACUGACACUGUAUCAGUGGACCCCUACUAUACAACCAUGCCGCCAUCGAUAAAUCUUCAUCUAAGCCUCAUAUCUCAAGCGCUGAUCGCACAGACCCAAACCAGAAGCUAACGUCCGCAGUCUCCGGGCCUGAUUCCUGAUGAGACGGUACCUCAGUGCUGAGUUGGCGCCAUACUAACAGCAUUCAAUCCAACGUCGAUAUAAGAGGCUCUCGACACCCCCAAGGCUUCCAGCACCAACGCAACCAAACAACCACAUUCAGACGUCAACAUGAAGGGUCUUUUCUCUUUUGCCGUGGCCUCGGCCAUCACUGGCGCUUUCGCUCUCCCAUCUCCCGUAGAGAACGGCCCCAUCACUGCUCGCCAGGCUGCAGCAUGUGCCACUCCCGUUACUCUGUCUGGCAACCCCUUUGCGUCCCGAUCCAUCUACGCCAACAAGUUCUACUCGUCCGAGGUCGUUUCCGCGGCUGCUCAGAUGACCGAUACUGCUUUGGCGGCUAAGGCUCUCAAGGUUGCUGACGUUGGAACUUUCUUGUGGAUCGAUACCCGUGAGAAGAUCGCCGUCGUCGAAGAUGGUAUCAAAGACGUCCCUUGCAACCAGAUUGCCGCACUAGUCAUCUACGAUCUGCCCGGUCGUGACUGUGCAGCCAAGGCUUCCAACGGUGAGCUUGCUGUUGGCGAGCUCAGCGUCUACAAGUCCGAGUAUAUUGACCCCAUCGUUGCCAUCUUCAAGAAGUACCCCAACACUGCCAUCGCCCUCGUCAUCGAGCCCGAUUCGCUCCCCAACUUGGUCACCAACUCCGACCUCCAGACCUGCAAGGACUCCGCCUCUGGCUACCGCGACGGUGUCGCAUACGCUCUGAAGCAGCUUAACCUGCCCAACAUCGCCAUGUACAUCGAUGCCGGUCACGGAGGCUGGCUCGGCUGGAACGACAACCUAAAGCCCGGAGCCAAAGAACUAGCCACCGUCUACAAGGCCGCAGGUAGCCCCAAGCAAGUCCGCGGCGUGGCCACCAACGUCGCCGGCUGGAACGCCUGGGACCUAUCCCCAGGAGAGUUCUCCGGCUCCUCCGACGCCCAGUACAACAAAGCGCAAAACGAGAAGAAGUACAUCGAGCUCUUCUCUCCCGAGCUCAAGUCCGCAGGUAUGCCCGGCCAAGCCAUCGUCGACACGGCCCGUAACGGCGUCACUGGCCUACGCGAGGAGUGGGGCGACUGGUGCAACGUCAACGGCGCUGGAUUCGGUGUUCGUCCUACGAGCAACACGGGAUCUUCUCUCGUCGACUCCUUUGUCUGGGUUAAGCCUGGUGGUGAGAGUGAUGGUACCAGCGAUAGCUCGGCCACUAGGUACGAUUCUUUCUGCGGUAAGCCCGAUGCCUUCACGCCCAGUCCUGAGGCGGGUCAGUGGAACCAGGCGUACUUUGAGAUGCUGGUUAAGAACGCUAAGCCUGCUUUGUAAGGCGCUGGCUUUACAUCAAGUCUCAUGGGAACAGAGGAUGAGGUAGUCCAAGGACGGGGGGUGGUGCUACCUUGUAUAUAGAUUGAUCGGUCGGUGGAGGGAAGUCACCAGGUGGAAGUUGCGGUUUGAAAACUUCGCUUCAACUGUUUAUACAUUAGUGUAGUUUCGAACAACGAAAUAGAACUCUCGUUUGAUCAACAUCCAUACUGGUGAUU